AUGUUGGCUCGUGCGCUGCAGCCUUUACGGUCGCAUCCGCCGAUCCGAGUCUGUGAUGCUUGUGGUACUCGCUUGGUCUCGUCAUCAUCGACGUCGUCAAGUCGAUCGGAAUUCCAGUCGCCGUCAUCGGUGCAUCUGUCGAGUGAAUGGAGACAUAGGAAAGGGAAGGGAAGAGAGGUGGGUGUUGGGUUCUUCCUUGUAGGCGUCACUCGUGCCAGUGAGCCGAUAACGAAGAUCGCUACCCACAGAUCGUGUUGGAUCGAACCGAGCUUCGCAAUCGAUCCAUGCUCACGAGGCUGGCGAGACGACCGCCUGGGGUGCGUUAGGGCAUGGUUUCUCCUGUAUUUCGAGCCACGACCACUCAUUUUCGGUUCAUCUCACACCACAGCUCAUCGCUGCACCGUAUAGCACAAGUCAUAGCUUGUCCUCAAGGACAGCUUCGAGCUCGAGCUCGACUCGGGCCCCUGAAGAGCGAGCCACAGCCCCACUCGGCUCACAAGCUGCAGCCACAACCUGGGCCGACCUGGAAAUGGCUAUUACAAGCAGUCCUCCCGUAGAAGCUCGAGCGGUCUUCAACAAUCUCACACCGCAUGAUCGCGCCUCGUUGCCACGAUCGACGUUCGAUGAUCUCUUCCUCCUCGUCGCCGAGCUUGACUCGCCUCAACGACGGACGCGCCGCGUAGCCAGUGCAAUCAAGGCAUUGAAUGCCUACGCCAAGGAUGAAAGAAGGUGGAAAUUGACAGAUCAACAGACGCGCAUCGCUUUCCAAGUGAUGGUGCGAUGGGAAGAGAUUCGAAGGAAGCUCGCGGCGGAUUACCGUGAUCCUAUCAAUCCGACUGUAGAGGAAUGGGACACCCAAGAACGCGAACGGGCGAGAAGGGCCUACCUCGAUCAGCUCAGGGAAGAAUUCAUGGCUAUACGAUCACGUGGGAGCGUCGAGUUCGAAGACGAUAGGUCGAUCGUCGAACGGUACGCCGCGGCCAUCAUCAGUCGCGAUGUCAAUGAUUAUCGAAACGCUGCCGAGGUGUACGCACGAGCCGGUCGACUACGCUACGACCCCUCUGCCAUGGGAGGAAUGAAACCUUCUUCGUCUUUUGUGGCGAACCCACCGAUGGUUACACCGGCAGCUUCGACCUUGCUAUUCAAAUUAUUCCAGAAGGACUCGCAGCUCGCGCUUCGGCACCUCGGGAUCAUGCUCGACCGCGGCCAACUGCCUUCGUUCGAAGCGCUAAAAUGCAUCAUGUUCAAUUCCGACGAGUCGUCAAAAGGGGAGGAAGAUGUAUAUAUGCACUAUCGGCAGGUCCUCGACGCGGCAUGUGACCCGGGCUCGUGGUCGGGUACCCGGUCUCUUGAUGCGCUGCAGGAGGAACGACUUGCUCAACUCGAUCGGACCGAGGACUUUGAGCAAGAGCCUUGGUUCGCGUUCCUGCAGUGGCUUUCGUCUGAGAGGGAGGACAAGGAGGACAUGAUGGACUGGCUGCUAGUGUCGCUGAGGUUGUGGAAGGUCGUCUAUGCCGAUCACGGGAACUCGCCUACGCGGUACCGAAGCCGAGAACUGCUCGACGAUCUUAUUCGUCGGACCCUGCCCGAACGGCAGCUCGACCCUUCUGCAAACGCGCGACCUGCACCCGCUUACUUUUCCAGCAACCCUCAUGGCCUUGGCCGACCCUCACGUGCUGUACACCUAGCGAUUCGACUCGCCCUCGACCAGUUGAGCACCUUCCAACUCGUCACUCGCGCUCACCGACUACUCCAAGCCAUCACCGUCUCGAGUCUCGAUCGACCGUUGGCUCGCAAAGCCUACAUGACCCUUCGCGAAAAGGCGCCUCUUGACAGCCAAUACCCCUUCCGCUGGACAGCAGCCCUUCGACCGACGCUUGUCCAAUUGAUCCUCCUCGCCUCGCCCCCCAAUCCCCCGGACCCGGACUUCAUCUUGCAACUCUACCUCGACUGGACCGCAUGCGGCAUGACCUUCCCCGUCUCCCUGUAUCCUCCUCUAUGGCGAGCCCUUGGUCGAAAGGGAACGGUGGAGGAUUUGGCGCGUGUGAUCGACGAUUACGAAACCUCCGGACGAGGUCGCGUCGAAGCGCGCAUCAUCUCCUUCGUCCUCCUCGCCAGCACCGAACGCGAAGAUGCCCUCAAGACACUACCUCUAUUGGAAUACUUCCGCAACCGCAGCCCCGUGACGACAACCCCGAUCGACUACCUCGUCCCACGUCGCGUGUACGAGCACAUCAUGUGGCAACUCGCUUCCUCCACAUCCGAUCAAAGGCCCGAGGUUCUUCGUUUGUUCAAACAAUUGACCGAAGAAGAAGGGUGGAAACCACGCAUCACGACAUGGAACGCGAUCCUCGCCUCGCACGUAUUCCGAUCCUCUUUCACUCCUGACGAUCUCGAAGCCGCAGGAAAGACGUACGACCUCAUCGUUCGACGAACGCCGCGAUCCCCCGAUUCGGCGACCUUCUCUUUAGUCCUUCUAGGAUUCCUUCGCAUGGCGAAGCAGUUCGAAGGGCAAAAAGUGACCGCUGUCGAAGCGGGUUUGAAGACCGUUUCAUCGGCAUUCGAGAAAGGCCGUUUGGUCCGUGGUCAUCAAGUGGCCGAGUUGAUGGGUUUGUUGGGCCAGUUGGGGAGGUACGACCAAGCCAAGAUGUUAUCCGAACAGUGGUGGGCUAAGGUCGUUUCGAAUGAGAGGGAAGGGAAGGGAAGGGUUUUGGGAGAGGAGGAGAUGGAGAGGAUGAGAGGCGCGAUUGAGGAUUUGGCUGAGAGGGAGAGUGGGGUGAGGAGGGAGAAAAAGGUGAAGGGGGAGAGGCAGAGCAAGAAGAGCAAGAGCAAACGGUCCGAGUUUGCUUUCCCUUUAUUUAGAGAUCCCAAGAACUGA